GCAGAAUGGAAGAGGAAAGGGAUCUGGAUGGAGAAGCUGAGCUGGAGCUGGAACUCUUUGAUGAAGUUUCUGAAACAGAGGACAAUACAGAGUUCGACCCAGACUACCACUCUACUGAUGGAGAAGAGUCAGAGGAAGAGUCAGCGGUCACUGCUGACAUGGAGGCAGCUUAUCAGUCCAAAAACGGAAAAAUAUUGUGGACUCCAUCACCUCUUCCUCAGAAACAACAAGUGAGAUUUCCAGCUCAUCAUAUCAAAAGGACCCCUGGACCAACCAGGCUGGCAUAUGUCAAUGCUGAAGACAUACGAUCAACAUUUGAAUUGUUUUUUCCAGAUGAUAUUAAACAGAUUUUGAUUGAAAUGACCAAUUUAGAGGGGAAACGUGUAUUUCGUGAUACCUGGAAGGACCUGGACUGGACAGACUUGCAGGCCUUUUUUGGUCUGUUGAUUCUGGCAGGUGUGUAUCGAUCCCACCAUGAGGCCAUAAGUAGCUUAUGGCACGGUGUAUCAGGGAGGGCAAUUUUUCGUGCUACCAUGUCACUGAAAAUUUUCAGCAAUUUGUCAAGGGUCUUCUGCUUUUACAAAAGGGACAGAGAACGUAACCAACAGAAAAGUGACAAGCUGGCACCAGUAAGGGACAUCUGGGAUAAAUGGGUUGAACGCCUGUCACUCUUGUACAAUCCUGGCCCAAACAUCACUGUGGACGAGUGCCUGGUCCGUUUCAGAGGACACUGUCCCUUCAAACAAUACAUGCCGAGAAAACCGGGCAAGUAUGGCAUUAAAAUCUGGGCAGCAUGCGAUUCCAGCUCGAGCUAUGCGUGGAACCUGCAGAUCUACUCUGGCAAAGCUGUCGACGGCAAGUCAGAAAAGAACCAAGGAAUGCGAGUGGUCCUGGACAUGACAGAUGGUCUAGAGGGACACACCAUCACGUGUGACAACUUUUUCACCUCGUAUGGCCUCGGUGAGGAGCUGCUCCGAAGGAAAAUGACCAUGAUCGGAACAGUCAGAUCAAACAAACCUGAGCUUCCACCUGCGCUCCUGUCCAUGAAGGACAGGGCCCGAUUAUCAUCCAUGUUCGCCUUCACUGAUACACACACUCUUGUGUCCUACUGUCCCAGAAAAAAUAAAAAUGUGCUGUUGAUGAGCACUUUUCACAGAGAUGCCAAAGUAAGUGAUAAAGAUCACAAGAAGCCAGAGAUAAUCCUAGACUACAACCAGACCAAAGGUGGAGUUGACAACUUCGACAAGGUUGUUGCCACUUACACCUGCCAAAGAAAGACAGCUCGUUGGCCAAUGGUGAUUUUCUUCAACAUGUUGGAUGUCUCAGCCUACAAUUCAUUUGUACUGUGGACGAAGAUAAAUCCCUCAUGGAACAAAGGGAAUUGCUCAAGAAGGAGGCUCUUCCUGGAAGAACUAGGGGUAGCUCUGGUUGGUCCCUACAUGAAAAGACGGCAUUACGUUCCCCGCUCACCAGCUUCUCAGAAUAUGUUGGUACAAGCACAAGCAUGCUCUUCAGAAAAAGACGUCCUUCUGCUAGCCUCCAAAUAUAAGGUGAUGGAAGCACGAGCAUGCUUCACAGCCAAAAAACCCAGCUCCUCCCCAGUAUCAAGCCCCAGCAAGAGGAAAAGGUGUCAGGUCUGUGAAUCAAAGAAGAGCACAAAAACCAGUGUGAUGUGUAGUCGGUGUAACAUGUACAUUUGCAGGUCGCACGCUAUUACAACUUCUUAUUGUUAUGCAUGCAAGAAGGUUUAGACUUAAGGCCCUGAUAUACUUCAAACGAAAUCAAAGAACGAACUGAUGACGUCAUUUUGAACAAAAUCAGGCUGAAAC